GUGGUGAUUCAGGGCAGAGCCCCGUCCUGAUUGAUUUCAUCUUCCUCGAGUCUCAGAUGACUGUAAAAUGAACAGAUGAAAUUAUUCCUUUUUUGAGGCUUUUUCUUAGGGGCUCUCCGGGCAGCGCGUUUGCAAAAGCGAAGUCAUGAUGUAUUCUCCAAUCUGUCUCACUCAGGAUGAAUUUCACCCGUUCAUUGAGGCACUUCUUCCGCAUGUCCGUGCAAUUGCCUAUACUUGGUUCAACCUCCAGGCUCGAAAACGCAAGUACUUCAAAAAACAUGAGAAACGAAUGUCGAAGGAUGAAGAAAGAGCAGUCAAGGAUGAGCUACUAAGCGAAAAGCCCGAAAUUAAACAGAAGUGGGCAUCCAGGCUCCUCGCCAAGCUGCGCAAAGAUAUUCGCCAAGAGUUCCGGGAGGAUUUUGUGCUCACGGUGACUGGGAAGAAGCACCCGUGCUGUGUAUUGUCCAAUCCUGACCAGAAGGGUAAGAUUAGGAGGAUCGACUGCCUGAGACAGGCUGACAAAGUCUGGCGUCUGGAUCUAGUCAUGGUGAUCCUGUUCAAAGGCAUCCCCUUGGAAAGUACGGAUGGAGAGCGGCUCAUGAAAUCCCCACAUUGCACAAAUCCAGCACUUUGCGUCCAGCCACACCACAUAACAGUAUCAGUCAAGGAGCUUGAUUUGUUUUUGGCAUACUACGUGCAGGAGCAAGCUUUUGAUGUUGUGUUACCUUCCAGUUAAGAAUGAGUUCCAGAGCAACCCUUCCAGAAUCUUGAAAUAUAGUAUUACAUCAGAUUGCAACAGUUCAGAAAGAAGACAAAGCUGAUUCUAAAUAAGAAGAAAACUAGAUGGUUCUGAAAAAUAGUGAUUUUUUUAAAAUUUAUGUUAUUGUUGUUUAAAUAAUUCUUAGCAAGUGAUUCUGCGUGACAUCCUUCAUGUCUUUCUAAACUGGAAUUUCAUAUCACAGAACAUCUAUCGAUAUUUUCCAUCAAAGCCGGUGCACCUUGUUAUGUCAUUAUGAUAACAGGAUGUCCUGUCAUCCUGCUGUGUUGAGGGGUUCUUGCUGAACACGAAGGCCUUCGGAAUGCAAAAAUUGUUGCAUUCCCUCUUGAAAUAACGUGCUGUCUCCUGGCUAAUUGAAAGUGAAACAACAGAUAUUUGUUUGACCGUGAUGCUUUAUCUUGCUGUUUCUGGAAAUGAUUUUACACAGAUCUGAAACUCAACCUCUGAGAGAAUAAGGAAUGUAGGUGUUCAAAACCAGUGUUCUCCUGUGUCUCAGUUCAGCAGCAAGCUCUGUGAGAUACUCAUCCCAGUUGUGAUCAUGGUGUAUAGUGGUGUCUCAAACAAUUUCUGUGGAGUCUGUAUUCCAGCCUGAAUUCUGUAUUUCUCAGCACUCUAUUGUUGUAACAUGAAACAAAUGAUUAAAAUGAUUGUGUACAUUCGUUUGUGAUAGUUUAUUCAGGACAUACAACAGAUGUGAAUAAGAAAAUAUUUGUUUUCACAGGAAUGAAAAGGCAGAUAUCUUCAGUUUCACAUUUUUUUACAGCAACUGCUGUCUUUUUUUUUUCUGUCUCACCAUUGGGACUAAAAUCUGAAUUCAGUGGAGAAAAACCAUUCUGAUACUUGGCCUUUUAAAACUUACUGUCUAAAUACCUAUCAAAGUAUGGAAAGUAGCUAAGGCUUUGUUUUAGAAGAACAGAUUUGUGUGAAUCAUAGUGAACACUUAGGCUUCUCAAUCUUGAUAGUUGGUUGCCAAAGCUUAUUACUUCAGCCUAAACGGCAGGAGACUUUGUAGAUAAGACAGUUAUGAUUUCAAAUCUACUAAGAGAGGAAAUGAAAUAAUUUUGAUUACAUUUUACUUUAGGUGAGAAAAAAAGAACAUAUAUAAAAACCUAAAGGAUAGUUUCAUGGAUUGUGCUGGAAUGCCUGGUACUCUUGAGAGGCCAACAGAUAGUGCUUGUUCUUAUAAUGCUGUCAUUGUUACUGAUGCAAAUAGGAUGAUUUGUACAGUUCUCUGAUCCUCACAAAUUCUAGGACAUUGCUGUGAACUCUCAUUAGAUUUGUCAUACAUCGUGGUCUUAUUAAUGAAUUCAGAGACUUUUAAAAAUGAGAAUAUCUGUUUCUGCAUUUUUGAAUUAAAAAGCUCUCGAGACAGCUGCAAGUUUUUGCUUUUGCCUGUCAAAGAGUGUAACUACAUAGACUUCAGAAGCAAAAAUAUCUAAAAGUAUUUCUCAGUCUGUAGUGUACAGAUUACUAUUUAGGUAAUUUGCUGUUGGCUCAUAUAAUCAUACUAAAUGCUGUCUUUAAUGGACUUUUAAAUUAAAUAUCUAAUGAUGAAAGUACGUGGUGGCACAUAAGAAAUGGUGCAAAUUAGUAGUUCAUUGAUAAAAAUGUUUGGGUAGAGUGAGCAGGUUUUUUUUUGCCAGCAGUUCAACCUCUCAUUAGAAGCAUGAAAAAAAUUGCACAAUUAAAGAUUGUCUAGAUUUUUAAGAAGCUAUGUUUGGCCUCUGUAUGCAUUAGUUCAUGUAAAUGAAAUGAACUUCUGGUCUACAGCAACUUAGUGUAAUCCAUAAGUGACCUCAAUGCUCUUUGUGGCAUGAUCUUUAUCACUGCCAUGGUUGGCUUUCCAUGUGGUGUCUUUAUAUGUUUUUGUCUCCUUUACCUAUAUUGUCAAAGCACAACUACUAGUUCUGUUUGGGCUCACUCAUGGCCGCUUAUCUCUGCGUAGUUUACAGAGAGAAUUAAAAGCCAAAAGCUAAGAUUACAUCCAUGUUUCUAGUUUAGAACGAGGCUAGGAAAAUGAAGUGUGCUAUUGAUGCAGUACAUCCAGUAAGAGUUACAGGGUAAAAUCAUUGCUAUACAUUCUUUUGGUUUUAUAAUAAUUGUUACUUAAAUUUGGUUUUGGGGGUUUUACCACUGUACGCUGUGUUUAUACAACCGCAUAAAGAGCACUUUUGUUCUGUUUUGUGACUUUUUAAUUGUUUUAUUUAUUUACCACUGCUUCCUCAGCAAAAUGGUAAAUUGGAGAUAAUAACUCUCUAAAGCAACUUGGCAUUUAUGCUGUGUAGAACCAAUGUAGAUGGUGCAGCCAUGUAAGCAGAGAUAUGUCAAGUACAUCACCGUUCAGCUCUGAAUUGGCAUAACUGUCAUAGCCACUGCUCUCUACCUGGUUUGCUUACUAUUGUUUUUUAAACAUAUUUAAACUAGGCAGCUGCCUCUAAGGUUGAAAUGAGUAUAAUUAAGACUAACAUAAAAAUGGUUUUCUUUAACAAUUGAAGUCUUAACACUUGGGGAUUAAAUUCUAUUGCACAGGUGCGUUGACAGGUAUAAUUAUUUUUUGUUACUUGACAGUUACAUGUGGAUGCUCUUUGAGUAUGUAGAAUAUAGCUCUAUUUGUUGUGGUUCAUGUUUCUUUGCCAUAAUCAUGAGAUUAUUCAGAUAUUAUUUUCUUUCUGAGGCAAACUUUAAUCCAACACCUGAAAUACCUACAACACGUGAAAGGAUGAAAAUCUUAUAUUCUUUUUGUUACAAGAGAAGUUUUAGCCAAAUGCGGGGGAGUUCUGCAGGCACACCAAGAGACUUCUUGCUCCAAAGCUACUGUGGCCUAAGUCUAUGUGACAGACAGCAAAAGAUCUGUAAAAAUACAGUCUGCAUUGAAGGGAUUAAGCAGGUUCCUUUAGGUCAAACCAAAGACAGUGGAAAAACUGAAACUCCCACAUUCAUUGUCUGUUUCCAAUGUCCAUUUAAAUGGUCCAUGUUACCGUGAUCUCAGAUAUUGAAAGUUAGGGCUGGUAUUUACCAGUACGCUUCCUGUUGGUUCUGUAAGACUCUACCAAAUGCCCUCUUGCAUUAAGCUUGUGUUACACAAGUCUUGCUGUCAUCCAGCUGCAGAAGGGACGUGAGAAGUGCAUUUUGAAGCACGUUUCUGGGUGCUGAUUUGAAGUGUACUAUCGCUGGGUAUUUUUGUAACACAGUCCCAAAAUUCUUGCAUGAAGCAGGCUCAGUUUACCUUCCAGGGAGGUGCCUGGUGCUAAUAAGGAUUUGACAGUGGUUAUCUUAAGAAAACCUGAAGCAAUAUUAGGAUAUAUUUAUACAAUGUUUUGAAAGGAGACACAAGCAAACUUCUUUAGUCUCUGAGCCAGCCAAGCACGCUAUAGCAACUACAAAGCACUCCCUUCUGGCCAGCUGACUCCUGGCAGUCAUCUUGCAUAUGGCUGCCUACAAAAUACCACAUAAAUAUACCCAUCAUUUUAAUAGCAAUGUGAACAGAGGAACAGUCAGCACUGACCCCUCAACUAGCUCCUUUCCAAGUCAAGUGGUAGGGAUGGGACAGGCUAUGAGUUAAGGGUGGGCAAUGGUGCUGCCCUUCAGAUGCAGCCUGUGCCUUGGAGCACGCUCCCUUUGAAGCACCCAGCUGCCACUUAGCAAUGUGGCCCACCCUGGUAACAUGACCUAGCUCAGCAGCUCAGGGGUGGCUCCUGUUUAUUAUCUUCACUCUUCAGGAGACCUGGCUGCUGUUUGCAGGCAGAAGCAGGCUUUAUUUUCCACAGUUCCUUGUUGUAGUGGUACCUCAUUUAAUUCAGUUUGUGGCCCCCCUCAUUUUAUUGGGAUUUGUUUAAGACAAACAAACAACCAAAACAAAACAGAAAAUGUAAGUUACCAAUAUUUCAAAGCACAAUACUGUACUUUUAUUGUGUUACGGAUAGCUUUGAUUUAAAAAUUCUUAGCUUCUACUGGGAAUGACUGCAGGGUAUUGUUCCUUCUCUGCAGUCCUUAAAUACUUUUGGAGAUAUGGAAAAGAAUCUAUCAGGAUUUAAUCUGCAGUUUCCUUCUGUUGUUACCUUUGUACUCUCCAAAUACUCAACUUUCAUUUAAUGGAAAAAGUGUUUCAAAAAUACUCAUUGUCAUAAUAAAGUAAGAAAAAUUAUCUAAGAUUGUUGAAUUCCCCAGGAAGUGACAAUGAUUUUUCUCAAUUUAUAUUUGUCAUAGAAUUUAAUGUGGUCAUUCUUUCUGGGGACUGAAAGGAGAGGCUCAGAUUUAACAUGUGUACCUUGUUAGCAAUGUUUUGACAAAUAGUAGCAGCUGUAUAAACUAAUCUUUCUAUAGCUUUCACACAUGGGACUCAAUUAACAAUGAGCCACUGUCAGUAUCUAAUCCUUUCUACCUUAAAAAAAAAAAAAAAGUUUCCUGGUUUCUGUACAUUUUUCCAUGUGUAACUCAACUAUUAUUCUUACUAUAAACUGUGGAAAGUGACAGAUUGUAAAUAGAUUGAGCUUGCAUGAUAUUUUAUAUGUGAUUUAUAGAAGAUGAUGGCACUUGUGUUUAUAUUGCUGGUAAAUUCAGAUUGAAGUGAAGAUUAAAGUCUGUUAUUUGCAGAAUGUUGUAAUGAUUGCAGAAUCUAGAAGAAAGCUUUCUUUGAAAUUCUUGUGCUUCAAGCUCUGCAGUGCAGAGAAUCAAGGAGUAUUGCCCUAGGUAUGUCAUUCAAGCUUGUGGUAGUGAGAAGAGGAAGAGCUCUGUGGGUGUUUGUUAUGGUAAGCCCAUGAGUUAAUUGUAUGUAUUGUGAAAAAGUCUGUACUUACCUAUGGCACAGUCCAGGUACAAGAUUCUGACAUUCCAAAUAACUUUGCCUUUAACUAGUUUCCAAAUAGAAGUUGAAAUGGGUCCCUUCCAAUGCAGGAUAUUCUGUGUUAGAGCCUUCUACAGUGGGACUUCUGGGAUUAUUGAAGUGUCACAUUCAUAGCAAUUAUAAAUGCAAUCUCUGUUUUAAACGUACUUGCUACUAGAACCUUCUAUUUCAAAUUCCUGAACUAGAAUUAUCUAAAGAGGGCAUUCUGAAGUUAUAGGGGCUUCUUGUCUUUGGCAAAUGAAUAUGAAGAUGAUGAGGGAAAUGAAGAUAGAGCCCGAAGAAAAAGUCAUGAGUUUUUUCUUUCAUGGAAUAAAACUUACGAAAAGCUUAAAUUACUAAAUUGAGGGUAGACUAUUGUCACUACUUGCCAAAUAGUACAUGCUCGUGCAUCUGUCUAAUUCAUAUAUGAAAGCCACAAACAGAAGCACAUAAUUUGGCACAGCACCAGAAGCAUGCCUCGGCACACUUCUGGAGAUUCUUCCAAAUGACUUACUGAUUCAAAAAUUCUACACUGUUUGCCUGUGUGCAUACAGUAAGUGUCUGGAUAAACUUAGCAUGAAUGCUGCCAGAAAGCCACGUGCAUUAUUUUUGAAUUGGGAAUGGGGUGAUUUUGUAUCGCUGCCCAUUUAGCAAGAGUUGUAGAUAUGUUGUGAAGUAGUUUUUAUUUAUUUAUUUUGUGUGUGUGUUUGUGUAUGUGUGUGUAAGGAGAGAUGGUGUUUCCACUAACAGAAAAUUCACAGAGACAAUGCAUGUUAAGUGGGCUGGUUAUGAAGAACUCUUGUUAGUUAGAAUCGCCUUUUUCUGUUGCUUUGUUUUCCAUUUUUCUUUACACUUUCUCCUGAACUUUUAAAAUAGGGAUUUACUAAUGCUUUAGUGACUGCAGGGUACAAAUUCAUCCAUAAAAUGAAAUGCACAUUCAAGAAAUAACUUAUUUUCCUCCCAUAGUAUCCAUUAUUUCUUAUAUUAAUGCCCAUAGGUUCCGGCAUAUUUUUUAUUUCACAGUGAAGUCUUUCAAAUAUUCAGAUAAAUUUGUGGGUGCAAUCCCAUGAAACAGCUGAUAUCACUUCAUUGAUAGCUACUUCAUAAAGAGGCCCUUCUCCAAGCCCGCUCUCCUCAGCAACCUUACAUUGCCCUGGCCCCAAUGGUUUUCUGUCUCACAACUUUGCUGAUCUCUGUCUCAUUCUGGCAGGAAGUAUUUGGGUGGUGACGGGAUGAACUUAGUGUGGGAGCUGAUUUGGUGUAAAACAUAAAAUUUAAAAAACAGAUGCAAUUUUCUGAUAGUUUGAAAUAUGUAAAUUAGAAAUAUGAUAUAUGAAAUAUGAUAGUUUGAACAGUGUAACACAAGCACAAAAUGAUCAACUGUUGUUGCUGAAGAGUCUUGAGAUUAUCUUUUAAAUGAGUAGUCUUGUUUACCUCAUGCUUCAUUGCCACUCUAGAAGUAAAUAUACAAAAUACUAAGUAAUUUAUUCUGAAGCAGUUCCUGCAGCACGAUUUACUUCUGUGGGCACAGGUGUUUUAGAAGUGCAAAAAGAUGCUUUGGAAGACAGAAAGAUGUUUUUUUUCCAUCUUUCCGAAAGAAGUAUUAUGCAAAACUGGAAUUAGGUGUAAAUUAAUAAAUUUGCUAGGUUGGAAAAAUUUUUUGGUGAACAAAUAUGUUUCUUGUGUUUACAAACAGAAUGUUCAAGAAAGUGAGGUAGAUGCAUCUGUUUGUGCUUCAUACUUGUGUCCAUACUUCAGUAGAACAACAUCAGACAUCGUAUAAAAGCCUACAUAGAAAUCUGUAUUUUCCUUGAUUUCAAAACCUUAGAUAUGGAAAUACUGUUACUUGAGAUUUUGCCUUCUAUUUUUUUUUUAUUGAUGAGCAGAAAGUGUUCAAAAUGUGAUGAAACAUGAUUGAUAAAAGACAACCUAUGGCAUAAGCUAAGCUUCUGGCUUUUUGUCUGGAUGCUAGUCUGGGACAGGCAGGCUGGUACAAACUAUUUUGUCACAAGAAGGAAAAAACAAAGCCUGUUUUGACUUUUCUUGGUAUGACAGGUUGGCCUGGGUCAGCUACCAGGCCCCCAUCCAGCCUUUUUCUCACUACUUCUCUUUAACAGGACAGGGGGAGAAAGAAAGAAAAGAUAACUUGUACGUCAAGGUUGGCAGGGAGAGGUCAGCUGUGAGUUAUCACCAUGGGUAGACAGUCGCAACUUAAGGAAUAUUGAAGUAUUUUAUUGCCUAUUAUAGUGGAGUUAGAUGGCAAGAAACAAAGGCAAAACUAAAAUAUCUUCCUCCUAUCUCCCCCUUUGCACCAAGUUCAUCUUCAUUUCCAACUUCUCUACCUCCUGCUCCCCAUGUGGCACAGGGAGAAGAGGAGGUUGUAAUCGGUCUGCUCUGCUGCUACUUCCUCCUCAGGCUUUUCCUCUGUCCACAGUGGGUCAUCCCCAUAGGCGGUAGCUCUGUCUGGGCAUGUCCGCCUGAGUCAACAAUGGGUCCUCCACAGCUUGUGGUGUGAAUGACUGUACCUGCGUGGUCUUCAUGGGCUGCAGGGAAACACCGUUGAGCUCCUUGAGCCCCUCCUUCAAAUGCUUCUCUGUCCUUGCUGUGUGCAGGGAUGUUCCUCACACUGUUUUAUUCCCUCUGUCCUCACUGUUCUGUGUGGUGUUGUCCUCCUUCUUAACCAACUGCUCUCAGAGGUGCCAGCAGCAUGGCUGAAGGGCUGAGACAUGCCCUGUGUUGGAGCCAUUGGAGCUGGCUGGAGCCACCCAUGCCUGGCGAAGGGCAGCUUCUGUAUCUCUUCACAGAGGCCACCCCAGCAGCAUCCCCACUACCAACACCUUGACACCUAUGCCCAGUACAGUCAACAUAAGAGGGUGUUCUUUCCUGUUGGAAGAAAACUCAGUUCAUUAUGUAGACAGUGGGUCAUUCAGCCACCCCUUAAUAGGUGAUGAAGAAGAAAGUGAGACAUUCUUGUUCGUCUUCCGUGGUUCCUCCAAAAUAAGAAUAUAUAAGAUAUAUAAAGAAUCUGAUAUAUAUUCUGCAAGAAACUUCUCAAAGGUGUAUAAAGAAAACACUUCAACAGUUGCACUCAGCUUUGACCAUGGUGUUCAAACAUGGCUCUGUGUGUAAGAAGAAUAAGACAUCAGCAGUUUCUUCAGCUGAAGUUCUGGGUGAGCUUAGAUCAUGGAUGUGUGAGUGAAAUCUGUAUUAGUGUGAGUAAACAGCCAUUUGGCAUCUGUGUGGGAAACUGUGGUUUGGUAUUUCAGGACUAAUUUGUUUUUUUCAAAACUUUUGACAUAAAACUUUGCAUUUGCCUACUUUCAAGAUGUGUUCAGAGACUGCAGAACUAAAUUCCACCAUUCUUCAUUCAGCACUCUUUUUUUUUCCCCUAAAAAAACAAAAACAAACAAACAAACAAACAACCCCCCCCCAAACAAUAGAGAAUCUCCAGUUAGUAGCAUUAUAUAUUUAUUAGCCUUAAAAUGGGAAUAGGAUUUUCUCUCUGUAUGGAAAGCAGUUUAAAGUUAGAUAAAUAAGCACAGCUGCAAAUGUAGCUAGUGUUCUACAGAAAAAACUUUGUACCAGCUCUUUGUGUGAGUACUCUCAGCUUGUACUGAGUGCCUUUGUGCAGGGAAGUUUAUUGCAUUAACUAAGUUUAGCAAUACAUUCAAAUCAUAGAAGACAGAAGCAUCGCUAACUCUGGACAAUACUGCAGUUGUUGCUCAGUAUAAACAUAUCAUUAAAUGAAAUACAUGUUGAAAACAAUACAAGAUCCCCCCCCAAAUAAAAGAGCUACUCUAUUUUUUCACAGAAUUACAGAAUUGCAGGGGUUGGAAGGGACCUCCAGAGUUCAUUGAAUCUAAUCCCUCUGCUAAAGCAGAUUCCCUAGAACAGGUUGCACAGGUAGAUGUCCAGACAGGUUUUGAAUAUCUCCAUAGAAGGAGACUCCACAACCUAUCUGAGCAACCUGCUCCAGUGCUCUGUCACCCUUACUAUAAAGAAAUUCUUCCACAUGUUUGUAUGGAACUUUCUGUGUUCAAGUUUUAGGCCAUUAUUCCUUGUCUAUCACUGCACAUCACUAAGAAGAGUCUGGCCUCAUCCAUUUGCCUCCCACUUUUCUUUACAUAUUUAUAAACAUUUAUCAGAUUCCCUCCUUGGUCUUUUUCCCCAGGCUGAACAGACCCAGAUUACUCAGCUUUUCCUAAUGUGGGAGAGGCUCCAGGUCCUUUAUUUGUGGCCCUCCCCUGGACUCCUUCUAGGAGAUUCCUGUCUUUUUAUAACUGGGAGCCCAGAGCUGGACACAGUAUUCUAAAUGUGGCCUCACCAGGGCAGAAUAAAAGGGGAGGAUCACCUCCCUUGACCUGCUGGCCACAUUCUUAUUAAUGCACCCCAGGAUCCCAUUGGCCGCCUUGGCCACAAGGGCGCACUGCUGGCUCAUGGCCAACCUGCUGUCCAUCAGUACCCCCAGGUCCUUCUCUGCAGAGCUCCUCUCCAGCAGGUCAUCCCCUAACCUGUACUGAUGCAUGUGGUUAUUCCUCCCCAGGUGCAAGACUCUACACUUGCUCUUGUUAAACCUCAUCAGGAUCCUCCCCACCCAACCCUCCAGUCUGUCCAGGUUUUGUUGAAUGGCAGCACAACCUUCCAGUGUGUCAGCUACUCCUCCCAGCUUUGUAUCAUCAGCAAACUUGCUGAGAGUGGACUCUGUCCAUUCAUCCAAGUAGUUGAUGGGGGAUGUUGAAUGAGACAGGACCCAGACCUGAUCGCUGGAGAAUGCUGCUAGUUACAGGCCUUCCACCAGACUUAGUGCUGCUGAUGACAACCUGCUGAGCUCUCCCAGUCAUCCAGUUCUGUAUCCACCUCAUUGUCCACUCACCUGUGCCACACAUUCUAAAAGUUUUGUAACAAGAAUGUUGUGGAAGAUGGUGUCAAAUGCCUUGCUGACGUCAAGGUAUACAACAUCCACUGCUCUCCCUUCAUCUACCCAGCCAGUUAUGACAUCAUAGAAGGUCACCAGGUUAGUCAAGCAUGAUUUCUGCUUGGUGAAUCCAUGUUGUCUACUCCUGGUAACCUUCUCUUCCAAUUGCUUGGAGAAGGCAUCCAAAACAAGUUGUUCUAUCAGCUGUCCAGGGUUGGAGGUGAGGCUGACUGGCCUGUAGUUUCCUGGAUCCUCCUUCUUACCCUUUUUGAAGGUUGGAGUGACAUUGGCUAUCGUUUGGUCUUCAGGCACUUCUCCCAUUUGCCAAGACCUUUCAAAGAUGAUAGCGUUUCAGCAGUCACCUCUGCCAGCUCCCUCAGCACAGGUGAGUGCAUCCCAUUGGGACCCACAGAUUUCUAUGUGUUUAUUUUGGCUAGAUGCUAACUGAUCAGAUCCACCUCAACCAAAAGAAAGUCUUCUUUUCCUCUCUCUCUUACCUCCAGAGUCUGAAAUUCCUGAGAAUUUUUCUGUGUAAAUGCUGUGGAUGUGCUGCUGAAGAGAGAACAUAGCUGUUUAUAGGCCAUCCAUUUUUGAGAUUUUAAAUUUCUAAAAACUUAUUUGAUCUAAAACUCCAUUGAAAACUCUCAGAAUAAAAUUCAGGCAUGUUUUUCCUUGAACGUCUAGAAGAAGAAAUAAUUUCCCCAGUUGUAUGUUUGUGAGGUUGACAACCAUGAACAGAACUGGGAGUAAGAAUUUACAAGUGCAUCGGAAAUGACAUGACAAUUUACGUUAUUCUUAGUGUCAUUAUGCAGUUAUAGGAUCACAAAAAUGCAUAAAAAAUCAUAAAAACAAUUUUUAUAUGUAUCCCUAACUUCAAAUGAGGAAAAAUAUUUUCUGAAGCUGAAUUUCUAUAAAAAUAAUUGUUAAGACCAACACCUGGCCUAACUUUCAAUUUUAAUUUAUUCAGUAAUUAAUAAUUUUUGGUGUCAGAUAAUGAAUGCAAUACACACUUGUUUGGAAUUCUACAAAGAUUUCUCAAAUUUUCAGUUUAUUCUUAUGUUGCACGCAUUAAUUCAUAGUGUAAAGUGUCUGACUUAGCUCCUGUCUGUCAAUGUAAGGAAUUUGGGUUGUGUACAAACAGUUCUCUGAGAACCUGGGUCAUGUUCUUCAGUUUCAUUGGUGAGUUCCUCAUUAAACCCCGCUUGAAUGGAGGUCAAAGGCAAAACUCCUUUGGACAUCAGAAGCUACCUCAGCUUCUCAGCUCCUAAACUAUAGCUCGUAUUACAUUUGCUUAUCUUCCAGUUGUGGUAAGGUUUAAUCAUGCUUGUAAGACACUUUGAAGCACUUGGACAAAAAGUGCUGUGGUGGUUACCAGCAUAAAAUCUGCAGUUCUCUGUGGUUAGCGCAUUGUGCUGUCUUGGAGAUUGCAGUAUCACCUUGUUACUAAAAUAGGAAAUGACUGUGGUAUUUCAGAGGCUGUGGUUUUGGAACUGUCAAUAAAUGCUGAUAUAUAUGUAUAAGAGUCCAGAAGCCAUGGACUAAGUUUUUCCUAGUGUUCUGUGUUCUCUUCUGGCUUCCUGACUUGGUACAAGUUUUUCAGGUUUGACCCUGACAAUAUUUAUUUUAAUCAGAGGGAGAGAAAAAUGUAUUUUUUCUUGAAAUCUGUGAAUUUAAAAAGAAAAGAUGGUGUACUCUGAUGAACUAGGAAAAGAGAUGAGGUUGUGUUCUUGUGUCAAUUAAGAACAUCUUUGUUUUCAGGGGUUUCAUUCUCAAAAUAUAAAUCCAGUAGCUUUGUACAUGCGGUGUUCACAGUUAUGCCUAAAAUCUUUAAAGGGAGUAACAAAUCCUUUAAGUCAGCUGAAGGCUGGAGGAGGAGGGGAAAGGGAUGCUGCCAUAUCCCAAAAUGUGUCUGCAGUUCUGAGUAAAGCAUGGAUGUGUCACUCCCAGCAAACUGAGCCCAGCCUCUUUGUUGCACAGACAGAGAGGAAGAAGUAUCCCACAAUGGGUGGUGUAGUCUAACAGAAGACAACUGUUGGCAGUGGUGCCACAUUUGGCACUUGCGGAGUUUUGGUUUGGCUUAGUGACAGCCAGCUACAUUGCUUUUUAAAAUAAUUUUGGCACCCAGCACCAGAAACAUACACCCUGUUGGUAUAAUCUGUAGUUGAGCAUGGUUCAGAACAGAAAUAGAAAGUGUAGUUAACAGGCAAGAACAAAGCGUUAUCUACCCAUGGUGGAUCCUCCUCAUCUUUGGUAUGUACGGGAUCUGUUUCAAGGAAGCAGAGUUUAUGAAAACAUGAAAAAAAUUGGACCCUUGGAAAAUUUUCCUCUUCGUUCUGCAGGGACAGGGCUGUGCUGGAUGUCCCUUUUUUCCAGUGUCCUGUAGUUCAGUAGCGGGCUGCCACAGGGCUGGCUUGUGCAGUAUUCCUUCCAAGCACUGUUGUGGUUGGAGCUCACGCUAAUUAAUGAUACUGAGCAUGGCCAAGUGUCAGUCUGAAAAUGGUGAAAACUGCCCCCAGAUGAUUAGGCACUAGUACUAUCAUUAACCAGUUAAAAUUUGAAGUAUUUUUUUCUUUCUGUCAGAACUGCCUGCAGAGGAAUGUGGUCUCACUGGUGUAAAAGAGGAGAUUGAGGGUUUAGUCUGGUUUCUGGUGAACUGAUGUCUGUUUUUCAGAAAAGUGCUGCUGAAAUGGAUGAUUAUCUCAGCAGAGAAACGGAAGAAUGAGUAGGCAUGGCUAACUGAACAGUUGCUUCCCCCUUUAAUGUGGCUCCUUUAGAAAGAUAUUAAGGCACAUUGAUAGAUCAGUGAGAGGAAACUGUACUGCCCCUGUUUAUGCACGGUUUGCUCUGUAGCUGGGGGAUUGAAGCCAUUAGCAGGCAUGUUCCAUGUGCUACUUUUUUUUUUUUUUUUCCACCUCUCCACCCACACAAAAUCAGAGUAAACUGGAUAUGUAAUGCAGUUGCUCCUUUUCUAUUAAAUCAAACUGCUGUAGGAAAUGUGAGAUAUCAGGAGUACUGUACACAUUUUCACAAUGAAUAGCUACAAAUAAGGAAACGUUUGCAGUACUGUCUCUGAUUGUUCAGUUUACGAGUCACUUACCACACAGGGGCAACAGAUGGAUGGACAGAUAAAGGAAAGAAGUUCAGUGUUGUUCACAGCAGUAAUGUUCCUCACCAAAGAUAGGAGAAUUAAAAGUUUUCAGCAUAAGCCAUUACAAAUGCACAAAGUGGCACUUAUAAAAACGAUCUAUCCAACUGAAGGAGGAGGAGAACAUGUAUAAAAUCAGGAGAAACUUGGCAGAAUGUUAUGGGAUCGUAAUUGCUCACUCUGUCUUGUCACAGGUUUUUAGAUAAAUCUAAAGAGGAACAAGUAAUCACUGAACUUUCUCUUUUCUUUUGUUCUUUCUUGUCUUUUUUUUUACUUACUUUCUUUUUUUCCCUUGGAUCCAUGUUAACAUUAUUUCUGCUAACAAAAUCUGCAGAUACAGAUGCUUCUGAGCAGAUUUGCGUGGCUGUGAAUUUUAUUUGUUUUGUUUCUUGAUUCUUACACAAAAUGUCCAUAUGUCCACUCUAUCCAUAUAAGCACUUUCUUGAUCAGGCAGCUUUGCGCCUUUAGAUGUGAUCUGGAAUUCAUUGGCUUAUCUCUUUAAUGCCAUUGGAGGUGAAAAAAAGGCUGUUUCCCUCUUGCUAAUUAUGGUGAAGUGCCACAUUAUGUUAUACUGUAGUUAACAACCUCAGGGGCGCCAAGAACCUCUAGCUUUGCCUCUUGGGAGUGGAACUUUUCCUCUUUAGCUCAGCUCCAGGAAACUUGAACAUUUGUGUUUUCAAGACCACAUACCAUUGGGAAGGAAGUAGGGGUGGAGAUGUGUGCAGAGAUUAAGUGGAUACAAGAGGCAGUGUACUUUGUAAAGAUCUAGGAACUGCAGGAUUUUGAGAGACACACUCUCUCUGGCAUGCCCUUUGGCAUUUUUAAGAGUUUAGUGACAACGUUGCUCCAUCUAGUAACCUGCCAGAAAAUUCCAUGCAAAACUGUUUUUCAUGUGGCGGUGUCACAGACGACACUUUUGUGCAUACCAUUCCUGUCUUGAACUUUAGCAUAUAUAACGUGUACACAUUAUAUGUGCAUGUGUGCGAGUGCAUGAGCUUUCAUAUACACUAGCCAUGCUUUAUGGAAUUCAUAUUUGUUAUUCAUCAUGGUAAAGGAAUCCCAUAACUGUGGGAACUAGUUAUUAAAAAAUAACUAAAAAUAUUUUGACCAGUUUAACAUUAACUCUUCCCACUCUGACACUGUGCUUGCAAGUUAUAGUCCUGUAAGUUUUAAAUGAGGACACACAGAUUCUGUGCCUCUGCUUACUUUGAUGGGAUAAUAUACAUAAAGACUUAGGAUGCAAUCCAGAUUGACUAGAUAUUUUGUAUCUCGUGGCAUCACUCAAAUGUCUUCUGUUUUACUCACAGUUGUAAAUUCAAUUAACAGUGUACCAGUUAAGAAUAAAUUUUCCUUCUAUAUCCUAUUAUAGACUCCACAUGUGUUAACUCAGGGCCAGUGUGCGUUCUCUAGUCAUGCUUAGAUGCUUUUGAAAGGUAACAUGUCCUACAGCAUUAUGUACUUUGUGAGCUCCUGCAAUAAGGAAAGCAGUACAUUCCUGCAAAUUGAAUUGGUUGUGUUGAUAGCUGUGAAAAAGAAAAAACAAGUCCACAACACUCAGCAUCUGCAUAGGUAAUGUUUUUCCUUGUUAUUGUACAAUCCAUUAACCUAAAGUUGGUGAGAAUCCUGUGUGCACCAUGCUCUUUAUUUCUUUGAGGGCUCUUUUUUCUGUGACAUGAAGGAGCAACAUGUGCAUGUGGAUCAGAUGGGGCAGGAGCAGGCUGCAGGGAUGGCAACGCAAGCAGCCAGAGAUUAUGAGCAUGGCAGGGAGGAGAACACAUAGUUUUUCUGUCUACAGGCUUGAUCCUACUGCCAAUUUUUUUUUUCAUAGGCUUCAGUAUCAACACGUCAAAUCCACAGUGAGGAGGAUUUCUCAGGAAGUGGAACUUUGGGGAAGGCUGAAUGUGAGACUCAUCGUCUCACGCAUAUGAAGUAGUGCAGAACCGCCUGCUAGCAUGAUGAAUGUAUCUCCUCUUUCUGCUUUAUUUUGGCUCUGCAGUGCUGACAUGUCCAAGAGAUAAUAAUUUAUUUUCUAAAAUAAGUAUCAUUUUCCUUAUUUGGAAAAAACAAAACAAAACAAAACAAAAAACACCCAACACUUUUAAAUAUUUACUUUCUUUUUACACAUCUCAACUUUAGGCUGAAUGAAAAAGUUGGAUAAAUGGAAAGAAUUAUUUUCCUGAAUUGAAAAAAUAAAUAAUUGAAGUAAAAACAAGUAGGGCUGGGUAGGUAAAAUGAGGUUCCAAGAUGAUUUUCUCAAUAAUUAGCAUAUAUAUUACUUAAAAAAUAUGAAGAGGGCAGAGGACAAGUAUUGUCUUGUCUGAAAGUUAACUUUACUGCAUUUUUUUUCAUCGGAAAUAAUGCUGGAGGUCUUCAUUUCACCAUGCUGCUACUAACACAAAAUAGAUACUAAUGGGUAAAAUGUUGUAUAUGUAGCUGACCUGUAACAAGCAAUAUAGUUUUGUAUUUCAUAGAUUAUUUAGAAAAUAUUAUCUGUCCAUCUUACUGAUUAAAAAAAAAAAAAAAAAAAAAAAA